AUGGCAGCUGCAGUUCAAAAUCAAAUUCGCAAAGUCGAAGAAAAAAUUAAACCAUACUUAUACGAAGGUCCUCUCACCUCCUAUUGGGGUUUGGUUGAAGGAAAAACAAAAGUCAAACGUGAACAAAUCGCUUUCGGUAUCCUUGGCUUACUCGCUCUUUAUUUACUAUUUGGUUGGGGUAACGAUUUUCUUUGUAAUUUUCUAGGAUUUAUUUAUCCAGCAUACGCCUCGGUAUUGGCUGUUGAAUCAAAAGGAAGUCAUGAUGAUACAGAAUGGUUAAUGUAUUGGGUUAUUUAUGCAUUAUUUGGUUUCAUUGAAUAUAUUGGAUAUAGUUUUUUUCAAACGUUACCUUUUUAUUGGCUUGGCAAAUGUAUUUUCCUUGUAUGGUUAAUGGUACCAGGAGAUAAAGGAGGUUCUAAAUUUUUGUAUACUCGUUUUGUACGUCCUUUCGCACUCAAGCAUCGUUCCACUGUCGAUCAGCAUCUUCGAGAUGCCAAGGCUUACGCAAGCAAGUGUGCUCCGAAUUCAUGUAAUACAAUUUCGCGUCCUCCAGGUCAAAUGUACCAAUUACUUCGAGCACCAUGUGCCUUUUAUCCUGGACGUCCACCCUGUUCAAUGUUUCCGACAUAACCGCCGCGAUUAGCAACAGCUCCAUUCGUUCAACCUUCAAAUAUUCAAUUUAGCACAACUAAUCGUCAACGAACACUCUCAAAGAAUACUCAAGUGGGACAUAUUUCAUAUCAGGCUGAAUUAAUUAAUCAUCUUAUUUUACCGGUGUCAUCAGAGAAUGCAUAUUAUCAGCCAACACAUUUUAAAUCAUUUAUCUAUAAGAGGAGCAACACUCGCAAGAGUGGUUUCUGUGAUUCGUUACUUCGUGAAAAGAGGAAGGUCCGAUUUACGGACUUUACCUGUGAAACAGAACGCCGUGAAGACCAACAACAUUAUUGUUAUAAAUGUUAUCCAUCAAAAGCAUCAUUAGAAAAUGGUACUAUAAAUAUUUUAGAUGAAGAACCAUUGAAUUAUAAUGAUAGAGAAGAGGCUCAUGUACGAGACGAACUUUCAAAUGAAAUUAAGAACAUGCCUGAUGAUGACAAUCAACAAGAUACAAGGAACAAUCAACAUCAAGAAUAUAUAAAUCAUAAACCAUUAACAAGAAAUCAAAGACAAAACCGUAAGCAUCAAGCUAAAAAUAUCGAUAUGAAAUCAUUCGGAAAAUUUAUCAUAGAUUGA